UUUUCAACCUCAAAAGAAAGAAGUCUGAAGCAAGUCCUCUCAGGCUCACCAACCUGCAGAAACCUUUCCUCGCCACUGGAGCUCUGCCAAACGUAGGAAAGAACAAUCCCUCCCCCAAAAAUUAUUUAUUAUCCAGUUUUCUGAGAAUGCCACUGGGUGCGGUCCUGUUCGUUCAGGGGUGGAGGGGUGAGUGAGUGUCCACCAAUCCAGUCUGGUUUAGAGACAUGCAAAAGACAAAGCAGAUCAGUUGGCAAGGGAGGGAACUGGAAGAACAGCUCCUUGUAGUGCCACCUACUACACUGAGAAGGCAAAGCAGUUCGGAAAGUACAGAGCGGACAUCUGUCUCACUGGUGGGAAGGAUCAUAGCAGAAUAAUCAUGUCCAAACAGCGUCUCUUCCUAGCAGCCUUCCUCCUCCUCCUCCAACUUCCACCGACAACUCCCAGCCCCUGCCAAAUAUUCCACAGAUCCAUCUGCAUGAAGCAGGACAGCUUUGUGCCUGGCCAUAGCUUCAUUGGCGAGGGGGUGGACAUCACCUCUCUGGAGAGAAAGGGAGCAUAUGUGGUGGACACCAGCCAAUGGCAGGGCCCCAACGGGACAUGCAUCCUCUGCCGGAAUCCCUUGCAGAAGGGGAAGCUGCAGAAACUCCCCUUGGCUGGCGUGGACUGGCGAGUACUCCAUACGUGUCAUCGGGAUGUCAGCAGUUCCGUUGAGAAUUUGGAUGUGGAUGUCGCAAAUUCAAUGGCCAAGGAGGUGAAGAACGACUGGAAAGUAGAGCUGGGGUUAGGGCUGGAGCUGCCUAAGAUGCGGGUGGCCUUUGCUGGAUCUCACUCCUGGAUGGCUAUUUAUGCACAUGAGAAAUCCCGUCAGGACAGCCAUAUUUUUGUGAGGCAAGAGGUCUCCUGCCCAUACUACAGGCUGAGACUCCGCCAUAGACCCUCACUGCUGGCCUCCCACUUCUCCCGCGCUGUGGCCAGGCUGCCAAGGAGGAAUAACUCUGAGGAAUACCAGCAUUUUAUCGACAUCUAUGGCACCCACUACAUCAGCAAUGUGCAGGUGGGCGGGCGAUUGCGCCGCCUGCUGGCUGUGCAGACAUGCAAGAUGGCCCUGUGGGGGAUUACCGCUUCCAGCUUUAAGAGCUGCUUGAACUGGGAGGUUUCUCUGGGACACAAGUGGUUAUUUGGGUCUGAUUCCCUGAGUUCUAAGUGCGAAGAUCUCCGGAGGACUUACGAUCGUGGAAUCUUCUACGAUACUUACGCCAAGCAGCACACUAAAAUUGUGGGAGGAGAGAAGCAAGCAGAGAUUCUCUUCUCUAAACCUGGAGAAAGCCAGAACUUCUCCGCAUGGAUGGAGAGUGCAAAAACAAACCCUGACCUGGUUUCCUACUCCCUCCUACCCUUACACACCUUGUUGAACCAAAGAGAUCCAAGAAGGGAUUUGCUGAAGCAAGCCAUUGUGGGCCAUAUAAACCAGAGAGCCCUCAAGAGGGACUGUCCACAACAGUGUCCACGCUGGAGCUCCCAGAGCUCAGGUGAGCAAUGCACCUGCUUGUGUCAGCAGGACGGCCUCAACAAUGAGAUGUGCUGUGCCUGGCAGCGAGGCAGGGCACGCCUCAAGUUUGUUGUGGUCAAGGGAUCCAGGCUUUGGGGCGACCACUUCACGGCCACUGACGCUUAUGUCAGGAUUUUCUUCCAAGGUCAAGAAAUGAGAACCAGCAUCAUCACAGACAACGACAACCCUCAGUGGUCGGAAACCCUGGACUAUGGGACGGUCACAUUGGCAGACCACAAUUCUUUUGAGGUUGAGCUCUGGGAUGAAGACGUCUGGCAUGAUGACCUUCUGCAGAGCUGUUUCCAUCGGUUGGAGGCCAGGGUUGGGACUUUCCGGCACAGGUGUUACGCGCCUCAUGGAUACAUCGAGUAUUACUACUUGCUGGAAUGUGGCCACACUUUGGGUGGCCCCAGCUGUCAAAAUUAUGUCCCCCUACGACUGCCAACUUCUCAUUUCAACUAGCCACACCCUCCUAAUUCAGUGCUUUUUCUUUGUUCCAUUUAUUUCAGGACGAUGGGUUUCGUAGUCCAACAAUGGCCAGAAGGCCACAGGUUCCCCCACCCACUGAGGGCAGAGUUGGGACAGACCCUAUUGAGACAGAUUCAAAAGAAAUCUGGCAGAUCUGGGGUUGGGGCCUCGUUGGUCCACAUUGUUAUAAACAUACAAAGCAUCUUUAUGCAGAUUGAGACCACUGGUUUGUCUGGCCUUAUACUCUGCCUGGUAGAGGCCAGGCUCUCAGGAUCCCGCAGGCAGAGAAAAUCUCUGACUGUUUCCUAUCUCUGCUGUUUCCCUGAAGCUAUGAGUCAGUGUCUGGAGAUUCCCAGCCCUACAAAAGUGGGCGAAUCACCAGUUUCUGUCUCUCCAACUCCUGUGUUACAACUCCUGUGUUACAGCAGUCUGAUUGGUCCGCAGGAGCCACCCAAUCCAACUCCAGGUGGAAGUGAAUCCUCAACCUGAUUGGCCUGCAGGAGCAGCCAAUCAGGCGGCUGGCAGAAGUCAAUCCACAAACUGAUUGGCCUGCAGGAGCAGCCAAUCAGGCUGCUGGCAGAAGUCAAUCCACAAACUGAUUGGCCCACAGGUGUAGCCCUGAAGUAGCCAAUCACGCAAAGCCCAUUGUGUAAAUAAUGUAUAUAAGCAGAUGGUUUUGGGAAAAGGGCAUUCUUCUCUUCUUCUCUUUGAUGACUAUGAGCUGAAUAAAGAGCAUGAAAUUCA